ACUAGUUAGAUUGAUGUGGAGGGGAGAUUCAUUUGGGAAGGGAUUCUGGCUGCCCUGGGAGCUGCUGCAUGUCAGGCUCACUCUCAGGGCUCUGGUGACUUGUAGAUAACAGGAUUGUUCUGGUGGUUCUCUUCUAUAACAGUCAAAAUGGUGAUCAAAGUCUUUGUAGCCACAUCCUCUGGGUCUACAGCGCUCUUGGAGCACUAGGUGAUGUUGCGCCCUGUGUACCAUAUGUGCUUAAAUUCCUGUGCACAAUGAGAUGGGCUAAUGCUGGAAUUAGAGCUGUCAACACGGUGUUUACUGGCUUUAGUAGCAUUAGAUUAAGAAGAAACAGCAAGAAGUAGUGGGCUUCUUAGAGGCCAACAAGAUUGACUUUAAGCAAAUGGACAUAGCUGGUGAUGAGGACAACAGGAAAUGGAUGAGAGAGAACGUCCCAGGUGAAAAGAAGCCACAAAAUGGAAUCCCCCUCCCUCCACAGAUCUUCAAUGAGGAGCAGUACUGUGGGGACUUCGAAUCCUUCUUCUCUGCCAAGGAAGAAAACAUUAUUUAUUCAUUCCUGGGUCUGGCACCUCCUCCGGGUACAAAGGAGGCAAAAACUGCUGAAGAGACAUCAAACCUUCCAAACGGUGAAGUUUCGGGUGAAGAGCACAAAGUUGUGGAAGAGACUGAAAAGUCUGAAGUAACUGAAGAAAAUGAGGCACACACAGAAGACAAUGUAGAUGCAGUCGCUAAUUCUAUUGAACUGCCAUCAGAAGAGCAACAGGAAAAGGAGGAAGAACACCCAGGGACAGAGGAGGAGGAAGAAGAAGAAGAAGAAGAACAGGAGGAAGAGGAAGAAUCUUAGUACUUUUUUAUGGCUUUUUUUUUCUUCAAAGGGUUUUUCUGGUAAUUAUGAAGUCAGCUUGCUUUAGUUUUUAAACAAGCGUAAGGAAACAUCAUAGACUGGAAAAUCCUGAUUUCACCUAAUAUUAUUACAAGUAACACCUCAGGUGAUUAGAAUUGAGAUUAGACAAAAGAAUAUUUUCCAGUUUGUUUACUUUGUACAUUUGACAGCACUUUGCGUAUAGUCAAUUUACUAUUCCCACCCCCAUAUAGUCAGUCAGUUUUCCUUCUUGUUUGUGAGUCUUUUAGACAACCAAAGGUCAGAGAAAUAUAUAUAUUUAAAUAUGAAAAGUGACUUGUAAAAUCAAAAGAACACCAGGAAGCCUCAAAGGCAGGUGUAGUGUGUGAAACUACUUUUUAACUACUUUUUGACUAGAUUUUAAGGGGACAGUGCCCCUUUAACUUCAGCAGAUGGCUGGUUUUUAUAUUUAUUUUUGCAGUAGGAGGAAGGUAGGAAUCCAAGCAUCGGCCCUUACACAUAACCCCUCUCUUUAUACCUAAAGAAAAUACAGAAAGGGUGUUGGGGGUUUCCAUACUCAGUAUUUCAGGGACCAAUACUUACCCUUUUCACCCCUCGUUAUGGCCUCAACCAUGUAUAGAUGUCGUCAGAGGGGGCCAGUCUCCUAACUAAAAAGCUGAGCUGUUCAAUUAUAUCAAGGACUGCCAUUAUCACUGCUCUGAUUUGGCUGAUAACAAGCAGAAGACAGAGAGAAUCGCACUCUCUUUUUUGGCCAAGUGGAUGUAUUUAAAGUGUACUUUUAUCACUAGUCCCUAGAGUCAUGCAUCUUUUUUUUAUAUACCUAAAGCUGUAUACUGUGCUCUGGAGAAUUUUUUUUGAUUGAUUUGAUUCUUCCCAGAUUUUUUUUGCCCACAUGAUAUUUUGCCAAUGGAUCAAAAUCAUAGUGAUCUGGUAGACUUGUGUCACCUACUAUAACUAAAGAGUUGUUUUUCAGUAGCUGCGUACUAGGGUGCUAUUCACCAGUACAUUGAACUUUCUUUCCUUCCUGCACAACUGGAAUAUUUACAUGGUUUGUAGAAAUGAUAAUCGGUGCUAUUCAAAGCACUUUUUAUAUAAAAAGUAAAAUUGUCCAUGAUAAUAAUAAUUAAUUAAAUUAAUUAAUAAUUAAUAAGUUCCCAUUUUAAACACUGACAUCUGGAAAUGUAAAGGUUAAGAUUCUCUGUAAUAACCCACCUAGCACAUAUGGAGCUCAAUUUUUCCCUUAGAAAUAGCCAUGCAUCUCCUACCGGAGUUGUACGUGCAUUUCUGAAUGCAUAUGCAACUCCAGGACUGAGCCCAUUCUGUAUUAAGAUAUAGACACAGCAGUAUAAACUAAUAAAUCAUCAUACUCAAUAUGUCUGAUGUGGGUGAGGUCACUCCAUUCUUCAUCACUGGAACUCCAUUGACUUCAAAGGGUUACUCCUGACUUACACUUGCCAGGUGAGAGGAGAUAGGACCUCUUAAUGCUUCCAUGACCAGAUGUCUGAGUGUUUAAUAUUGUUAAUUUAGUUUUACAUCAAAGUAUGUUUUUGUAUUUAAUUCCCCAGGUUUUCUUUGUUUUUCCUUCUCAAAGAAGAAGGGUGACUAAGGGCCAGAUCAGCUCCCAACUGGGAAAACACUUGUUUAGGGAAUGGGAAAUUCAGCGUUUCUAGCAGAUUGUCCCCUGGUGGGACAGGUUCUCUCCUUUGCAGUACAGGCAGAAGCUGAUCCAAAGCCCCUUGAAGUUAAUGGAAUUCCCAGUGACUUCAGUAUCUGGGCUUCCACCCACAGAACUCAGCAGAUCCAUGGAUGGCAGGGUGGAGACCCAGUGUCUCAGCACGGCUUUGUGAGGGAUGAGAGGCCAGCCAUCCCACCUUUCACUCUACCCCCAUCCCAGCACUGGGUUCCUCCACUGCUUGGGAAUUAAUGUGCCCUAAUGUUGUACAGUGCUUUGUAUGUGAAGUUCUAUGACAGUGCUAAUUUUAUUUAUUUAUCUGCCUUUUUCUUCUUUAGGAAGCACAAGUCCGUGCAGCACCAGAGAAAAUAAAACCACUUCUUCCCCCCAAACAACCCACCAUUGCCUUUCGCACCAACACAUGUAUAGACAUCUAUAUAUCCCUAAAACACAAGACACCACUCUGCCCGAUAUUAUAUAUAUAUUUGAUAUUCUGGUCUUUUGUUAAAGUGGGCCAUCCUAAUUCUGGCUGACAAGAUCUCAGACUUAGCUUUAUAUGUUCUAACAGUACUGUCUAUGUCUAAUUUUAGAUUGUAAGCUCCUUGGGGCAGGGACCGUGUCUUCCUCCAUGUUUGUACUCUGCCAAGUACACUAUCGGCACUCAGUAAAUAACCACAGUUGUGCAUCGAAACUGUAUUAGGAGAUAAAGAACUUCAGCACUGAAAACGCCAAAGAAGAUCCCUGUGUACAAGCUUUGUGUCGCUUAUUUCUGAACUGGCCUUUAAAAUGAAUGUGAUUUCCAUUGUACAGUAGUUUAAAUAAACACAUUUUAGGUCAGGUCUUCUGUUUGUCCACAGAGGCAUUAAUUUAACCAUAGUACAUGUCACAGUUACAGGGCAAACUGCAUCAGUUACAGGGCAAACUGGGUGGAAACCUGCAGUCUGGGCUACAACCCCACUGUUUCCCUAACUGCAUUUAGCACCUGUCAGCCCUUUCACUAUGGGGACCUGUGACCAGAGAGUUGAUUAAAAUGACUCAAACAGUG